AAUUUUCAUUUGUGUCAAAAUAUUUUCGUCGCCUUGAAACCGCGACCUGUUUACCGACAAAACUUGACAAAGAAAUCUGAAGACCCUUUGUAAAAAAACAAACAAACAAAAAACAAAACAACGCAUUCUAGAAAGAUAAAGUACCUAGAUACGAACUGUCAAUAGUAGUCUGUUGGUUGCUAUAUUAAUUCAGGCCGUUUUGAUUAAUGAUUAUACGAUAUAUGCAUGCCGCAGUUUCUGCGCACGCACACAGCCAAGGCUACCUUUUGCAUGUAGUCUAACUAAUCACCAGCUCUAACUGCAAUCAGCUUUUUGAAACAUUUCAGUUCCGUCACGUGUAAUGCGUCCACGUCUGUUUGAGCAACUAAGAGGAAGUUAAGUCCCUUGCAUAUGGAGGCCAUGAUGCAAUUUUGAAUCUCAGUUGAAGUUGUUUCACUUCACAUUCACCACUGCUAUCCUUGUCUCAGUCAUUUGACUGCAGCCAUGCUGGAGCACCGCCUUUAGUCGAGCAAAUCGACCCCAGGACUUAUUCUUUCUGAAAGAGAGAGAAUCCAGAAAUGUUUAGUUAUGAACAAAUCUUUGAAGAGUUGCGUGGCUUUGGUCCCUAUCAAAGACGACUAUUUAUACUAGUUAGUCUUUUAGAAAUAUCAGCAGGGCUGGCAAUGGUUUUACCCAUUUUUACACAUGCCAAGAUGGAUUGGCAUUGUGUUAGUGCUAACUACUCUGAAGGGACAAACACAACAAUGAUCACUGAUUGGAAUAACACUCAAAGAGAAAAUAGCAACAGUUCUGACAAACUGCUCAGCUUGUCUUGCAAUGCAUUAUUGCAGAAAGAACAAUGUUCUAAAAUUAUAUUUGAUCCAGAAUUCACAUCAAUUGUGAGUGAGUGGAAUCUUGUUUGUGAUCAAAGUUAUACUAUCACUCUAAUCAAUACCUUAACCAUGGUUGGAUUACUUUUUGGCAGUCUUCUCACUGGUCCACUCUCAGACUAUUUUGGCCGGAAAAAAAUUCUCUAUGGCUCUUACUUCUUAUUAUUAAUAUUCCAAAUUGCUAGUGGGUUAACUGUGUCUUGGCAAGUUUACUGUGGAUGCAGAGUCUUCAUUGGUGCCUUCAUCACUUGUGUAAUGAUCAGCAAUUACGUUUUACCUAUGGAAUUUAUUGUUCCAAAAUGGCGAACUGUUGUUGGUUGUGUUGGAUUCUGGGCAAUAGGAAUAUGUCUGACCUCUCUCUGGGCAUAUUUAAUUCGGGACUGGCGUAUUUUAACGAUUUCAUCAGCAUGUUUUGGUUUUCCAUUUCUAUUAACAUGGUGGUUUGUAGCUGAAAGCCCUCGUUGGCUUCUAACUAAAGGAAAACAUGAAGAAAUGAAAAGAAUCAUAACAGAUAUGGCACAAGUUAAUAAAAGACCUAUCCCAGACUUUGCUAAACUUCAAUUAUUUAUUCAGGAAGAUGGUAAUAAUGAACAUGUCACGAAUACAAUGAAUGUGAAGAAAGGACAAACAACAUAUUCUUACUGGCAUCUUUUUAACAGUAUUGAAAAUUGUAAAUUCACUUUAAUUCUAAUGUUUGGAUGGUUUGUGUGCUGUAGUGUGUACUAUGGAUUACUCUUCAACACCAAAAGUCUUCAUGGAGAUCGUUACAUCAACCUUUUCCUAUCAGGGAUUGUUGAGCUGCCAGCUCUCUUAUUCGUCAUUAUCGUUAAUAACAAGUUUGGUCGUAAGAGGACAAUUUUUCUUUUAGUAUCAAGCACUGGUGUGUUAUCCACUUCAGUCCUGAUUUUCUACAUAUUUGAAACUGCUAGCAAUUACGAGACAGUAAUAACAGUUAUCAUCACAUUAGCUAAAUCUACAGGAACAGGUGCUUGGGCUGCUUUACAAGUUUUAACAGCUGAGAUGUUUCCUACAGUUGUCAGGUCUCUUGGCAUUGCUGCUUGUUCAACAAUGGCUCGUAUUGGUGCUAUUAUUGCCAUGUUGAUACUUACAUUGGACGAAUUAGGAAAAUUAAUUCCAUUUAUCAUUUUUGGAAUUGAAUGUAUACUAUUUUCUGUUGUACUUCUGUUCCUGCCAGAAACAUCUGGAUUGCCAUUAAAAGACAUCUUAAAUAAAUAAAACUCCAAAAUAUGCAUUUAAAA